AAGUGUUUCGGAAGUGGACACGGCAGGCCAGAGGAGGAAUCGAAGGAAAAGGGCGGAGGAGAGGGAGCUACCGGGGGGAUUGAGAAAAUGAUAAAGCACCGUGACUUUUAGCGGCAGGACAAUUUAUUAUAGCUUACUUAAAUAUCGCAGGACUUCGCAGACACGUGGAAGCUACUUUGUCAGCGGCUAACGGCACACGUCCAUAAGCUCCUGUCCUUCAGAAGAGUUUGUCUGUCGGGGCAAGUGGGCGGGAGGGUGACGAGGAGUUGCAGGGGGCCAUGCAUCAGGGGUGAGGGGGAUUCGCACAGACACAGCGUCGGGUGAGGAGGGAGUCUGGGCAGGUCGGUGUGGAGAUGAAGCUCAAACAGCGCAUGGUGGUGCUGUGUGCCGUGCUCCUCCUGCUGGGCCUGGCCAAGAUCUUCCUGCUGGAUGGAGGCGAGGGCUCUGCAGCCAGCCGACGGGAUCUCAGAGCGUUUCGCAAGAUGGAGGCUGGCCUUUCUCUGUCCCGGGGAGCUCGCCUUACCCACACCCUGCAGUCUCCCUGGGAGAUAGCAAGCCAGUGGGUGGGCCCGAGAGAGGUGUACCCCGAGGAGACCCCAGAACUGGCCGCUGUGCUCACCUCCCUCAGCACUGCCAGGAUAGAGCGGGCAGAUGUGGGCUAUAAGGGCACGCAGCUCAAAGCCCUGCUGGUGCUGGACGGAGGACAGAAAGUGGUCUUCAAACCCAAGAGAUAUAACAGAGACUACGUGGUUGAAGGCGAGCCGUAUGCAGGAUAUGACCGACACAACGCGGAGGUGGCUGCUUUCCACCUGGACAGGAUCCUGGGGUUUAGGAGAGCGCCUCUUGUGGUCGGGAGAUAUGUCAACUUGCGGACAGAGAUUAAACCUGUGGCCACGGACCAGCUGCUGAGCACCUUCCUCAUGCAGGGUAAUAAUACGUGUUUCUAUGGAAAGUGUUAUUACUGUCGGGAGAGCGAGCCAGCGUGUGCAGACGGAGAGAUCAUGGAGGGAUCAUUAACCCUUUGGCUGCCAGACGUCUGGCCACUGCAGAAACACAGACACCCCUGGGGACGCACAUACAGAGAGGGGAAACUGGCCAGGUGGGAAUACGAUGAGAGCUACUGCGAGGCGGUGAAGAAAAUGCCUCCAUACGAUGCAGGACCAAGGCUGCUGGACGUCAUCGACACAGCCAUAUUUGAUUAUCUCAUUGGGAACGCUGAUCGGCAUCACUAUGAGAGCUUCCAGGAUGAUGGCGGCGCCAGCAUGCUCAUCCUGCUUGACAACGCAAAGAGCUUUGGGAACGCAGCUCUGGACGAGCGAAGCAUCCUCGCGCCACUCUAUCAGUGCUGCAUGAUUCGUGUUUCCACAUGGAACAGGUUAAACCUGCUGAGAGGUGGAGCUCUGAGUUCUGCUAUGCGGCAGGCCCUGGCAUUCGACCCCAUCCACCCGGUCUUAGCUGAGCCACACCUCGCAGCCCUGGAUAGGCGUCUGUCUGGAGUGGUAGCAACUGUCAAGCAAUGUAUGGAGGCACAGGGCCCCGACAACACUUUGAUAGAGGACCGAAUGAACCUCCCACACCCCUAGAAACAAGGGGCAGGAAAAAACGGAAUAACAGGAACAGCCAGGACUUUGGUUGACAAGCCUGGAGAAGAGGAGUGGGUCUCGGUGUUAAAGAGAUGCAGAGUGAGUAAAUGGAUCAACAGGGUGGAACAAAGAUUGUGUAUUUCUCCUACUCUUGUUCUUUCCUUGUUUGUCACUCUGAUAAGACUGGAGUGGUGGAUUCAAAAUGCUGCCAUCUUCAACCUAUAUAAACUUUUUCUCAGGACUGUUGUACACUAUAGGACGAUAUCUACAGUAAGAACCCCUCCCACUACUACUCCUGGUUGUGACAACACUCCUACCUUGUGCCAAAUUCUCCCACCUGGACCAGCUUUUCCUCGAGACUCAACCAAGGAGAGGAGAUGGAGCUUAUGGAGGGAUGUAGACUCUCAAAGGAGCAGGAGGGAAGGUGAAAAUGAGCCACCGACAUCUUGACGAAACACUGUACAGCCAUAUUGAAGGCUGUUUGGAACUUCUAGUCUAAGAAACUGAAAACAUUCCUGUUGCAUUAACAGGAAUUAAAUCCAUUUUAGAACGGACUUAUUUUUCCUCGACAUGAAAUCGAACUUUGAUUGGAGGGAAAAGAGAAUUAACUCAGCCCUUCCCCAUCAUUGUGUACAUAUUUAACUAAGUAGUGACAUAGAAUUAUGAGAUGAAAGAAUAUAAAUUUGUGAAUUAUAAUAUUAAAUAAACUUAAGGGUGCGUGUGUGUGUGUGUGUGUGUGUGUGUGUGUGUGUGUGUGUGUGUGAGAGUGGGAGUGGGAGUGUGUGUGUGUGUGUGUGGGUGGAAGAGCGCCAUAUUGUGCCGUAAAUAAGAAAAGCUACUGACAUGACAGACUUGAACUGAGGGGACACAGAGGGAGGUGUGUGGGUUCAUCUUCAGCAUUAAACUAUGAUCUAUUUAAUUGUGGUUCUCACUCAGUCAUCUUUUGUUCCAUGUGUUCACCAUCAAAAAGCACAAAGUCUGUUUUAUGUGUCGGUGCUGUCAGUGCUGCUGUAAAAAAAACAACAUUUGCUUUGAUGCAGUGCAACGUUCAUGUUGGAAGGGACUUUCACUGUAGUCAUUUUUAGUAGCUCAGAUAUUUUUUAUUUUAGUCAGAUUUGUCCUGAGAUGCGUUACAGGUCAUAUCUGGAACACACUGGUUAUAGUUGACAUUUAAUUUAUAAUAACUCGUUUUCCUCUGUCACCGUCUCACUUUCUGUAAACUUUUGUUUUCCUUUUUACAAAUUUGAAUCACUUCUUGUAGGUUAAAUUUAGUUCAAAUUAAAGCAACAGUAACUUGUCACAUUAGUCAUAUUAGUCAGAAACGGUCGUGUCUGCGUGAUUUUACUUGUUGCCAUGGCCUGAGAUUGUUUGCAUCAAAUUGUAUGUCUAAUUUCCUGCUGCAACUUUGAUUAGAGGUUGGUUUCAGAGGUUUGUUCAGAGAUUAAAACAGAUGAGAAGAACUCCCGCACACUGUUUCAUAUACUGCUGAACAGCCACGAGUGAAACAGUGUGCGGGAGUUCUUCGAAUUGUUUUCAAGAUUGUACCUUCCUCCAACGCACCUGUCAGACUUUCAGUGUUUUUGAGGUAUUUCAGAGAUUCAAAUGAAAAUGACGUAUUUUUCCUCUUACCUAUGGUGCUGUUUAUCAGGCUUGAUUGUUUUGGUGUGAGUUGCCGAAUGUUGAUGACAUCGUCUGUAGAGAUGAUUUCCUUCACUUGCCUCUGAUGGAACUAGAUGGCACUCGGCUUGUGGUGCUCAAAACCCAAAAAAGAAAAAAACAUUUGAAAAACCCAACAACAACGUCUCUUUCUAGAAAUCAUGACAGACAAUCAUCCACAGACCUCGUUGUGAGCAGUUUCAGGUAGGAACUAUUUUCUUUCUACCAAGCCACACCUGCCCACCGUAUCACUGCACAGAAGGAUGCAUGAAUCUACUGCUAUCUCACUGAGCACCACUGAGCUAGCUAACGUGACUUCUCAGCUGUGGAGGACGCCUUUAAUAUUUACACUUCACGCUUCCGCGAGCACAAGCCCUUAGUCCAUGAGAAGAUGCACAUUUCCUCCUGUGUAGUGAUGUGGUUGCUGGGGGUAGUUCAAUAGAAAGAAAAUAGUUCCUGCAUGAAACUGUUCACAACAAAGUCUGUUGAUUAUCUUGAGUAACCAGGUCAUGAUUUCUGGAAAGAGACACUGCAGUUGAGUUUUUCAAAUAUAUUUUUUUGGUGUACUAUAAACUAUAAACUGAGUGUCACCCAGUUUUAUGAUAUUGGACAGAAGGCAGAAAUAUGUAUGGCAGACAUCUCCAAAACUUUGCAGCUCACACCCAAACGAUCUAGAGAUAAGAAAAAUAAUAUGUCGUCUUGGUUUUGGAGUGAACUGUCCCUUUAAACAGAUGGAAGUGCUGAAGAGUCAGUGCUAAUGCAGUUUGCACAUCUAAAAUCAUAUUCUUUUUUUUUUUUUUUUUCUCUUUUUUUUUUGGGGACACGUGUUUUCAGUUGUGGUUUGCACACCUGUUAGCAAGUCUGCAACAUCCAGCUGUCUUGAGUUCUGAUCCUCCAAUGUCGCACAGACUUCAGGGGCAGCUAACUGUAAGCAGGCACAGCAUGUCUUAUUUUCAACUUUUCACCUGAAGCCAAUUAUAGAACCAACCAAACUUUUAACCUCAGUUGUGCAUUUGCAUUUUUUGUGAUUUACGUCAUGUUCGCACACUGAAUGUGUUGGGGCUUGUUAAAGGAUGUGUGUGGGCUGCUGAGGAUAAACCAGAUUACACUUUUCUUCCACAA